CCUGAGGAAACACGGGCAAGCCCCGGCGGGCCGAGGUCGCGGGGCGCUCGGCGGGCACCAGCCAUGGGGUGUAGUGAGGUGAGGGCAUUGCUCUGGAGAGUCGGCCUCUUCCUCCCCCUGCUGACAGCGCGCCCCGCCGCCGGGCACGGCGCCAGCAACCACGUUGUGUUACUUGAUACUACGACUGCCAUCGGAGAACUUGGAUGGAAAACAUUUCCAUUAAAUGGGUGGGAUGCCAUAACUGAAAUGGAUGAACACAACCGUCCCAUUCACACGUACCAGGUGUGCAAUGUGAUGGAGCCCAACCAGAACAACUGGCUGCAAACCACCUGGGUCUCCCGUGACGCCGCGCAGAAAAUCUACGUGGAGAUGAAGUUCACCUUGAGGGACUGCAACAGCAUCCCCUGGGUGCUGGGGACCUGCAAGGAGACCUUCAAUCUCUACUACAUGGAGUCAGAUGAGCCUCAUGGAGUAAAAUUCAAGCCUAACCAGUACACUAAAAUUGAUACCAUAGCUGCUGAUGAGAGCUUUACCCAGAUGGACUUGGGCGACCGCAUCCUCAAGCUGAACACGGAGGUCCGUGAAGUUGGGCCGAUCAACAAGAAGGGAUUUUAUCUUGCUUUUCAGGACAUUGGAGCGUGCAUUGCCUUGGUGUCAGUGCGUGUGUAUUACAAGAAGUGCCCUUUCACGGUGCGGAAUUUGGCCAUGUUUCCUGACACCAUCCCACGGGUGGAUUCUUCCUCCCUGGUGGAAGUACGGGGCUCCUGCGUGAAGAGCGCCGAGGAACGGGACACCCCAAAAUUGUAUUGUGGGGCAGAUGGGGAUUGGCUGGUGCCUCUGGGACGAUGCAUCUGCACUGUGGGAUAUGAAGAACUGGAUGGUUCCUGCCAUGCUUGCAGGCCUGGAUUCUAUAAAGCAUUUGCUGGAAAUGUGAAGUGCUCCAAGUGCCCUCCACACAGUUUGACUCACACAGAAGCAACUUCUGUCUGUCAGUGUGAGAAAGGUUAUUUCAGAGCUGAGAAGGACCCACCAACUAUGGCAUGUACCCGGCCACCUUCUGCUCCGAGGAACGUGGUUUUUAACAUCAACGAGACAGCUCUGAUGCUGGAGUGGAGCCCCCCGAGCGACACCGGGGGCAGGAAGGACCUCACCUACAGCGUGGUGUGCAAGAAGUGCGGCUCGGACGCCAGCCAGUGCGAGAUCUGCGGCGGCGGCAUCCGCUUCGUGCCGCGGCACACGGGGCUCACCAACUCCUCGGUCACCGUGCUCGACUUCGUGGCCCACGUCAACUACACCUUCGAGAUUGAGGCCACCAACGGCGUCUCGGAGCUCAGCUUCUCCCCCAAGCAGUUCACAGCCAUCACGGUCACCACUGACCAAGAUGCACCCACCUUGAUAGGUAUGGUAAGGAAGGACUGGGCUUCCCAAAACAGCAUUGCCCUCUCCUGGCAAGAGCCGGACUUUCCCCAUGGAGCAAUUCUGGACUACGAGAUCAAGUACUAUGAGAAAGUCUACCCACGGAUAGCGCCGGCAUUUUGGCACUACCUGCGGGUAGAAGAGCAUGAGCAGCUCAGCUAUUCCUCCACAAGGUCCAAGGCUCCAAGUGUUAUCAUCACAGGUCUCAAGCCAGCCACCAAGUAUAUAUUUCAUAUCAGAGUCAGGACGGCAGCAGGAUACAGCGGCUAUAGCCAGAAGUUUGAAUUUGAAACUGGAGAUGAAACUUCUGAUAUGGCUGCAGAGCAGGGACAGAUUCUUGUAAUUGCCACUGCUGCUGUUGGUGGAUUCACUCUCCUGGUCAUCCUCACUUUGUUCUUCCUCAUCACUGGCAGAUGCCAGUGGUACAUAAAGGCCAAAAUGAAAUCUGAGGAGAAACGAAGGGCUCAUUUGCAAAAUGGACACUUACCUUUCCCAGGACUCAAAACCUACAUAGAUCCAGACACAUAUGAAGACCCAUCCCUUGCUGUCCAUGAGUUUGCCAAGGAGAUUGAUCCUUCAAGAAUUCGUAUUGAAAGAGUCAUUGGGGCAGGGGAGUUUGGAGAAGUUUGCAGUGGACGUCUGAAGACCCCAGGAAAAAGAGAGAUCCCUGUUGCCAUUAAAACUCUAAAGGGUGGCUACAUGGACAGGCAGAGGAGAGAUUUCCUGAGGGAGGCGAGUAUCAUGGGACAGUUUGAUCACCCGAAUAUCAUUCGCCUUGAAGGAGUUGUGACAAAAAGAUCCUUCCCGACCAUUGGGGUGAAGUCUCUUUCGAGAUUCCUGAGGGCGGGAUUUUUAAAUAGCAUCCUGGCCUCACAUCCAGUGGCAGGGGGUGGAUCUUUACCCCCCAGCAUUUCCUCUGGCAGACCAGUAAUGAUUGUAGUUGAAUACAUGGAGAACGGAUCCCUUGACUCCUUCCUGCGGAAGCACGAUGGGCACUUCACAGUGAUCCAGCUGGUUGGGAUGCUGCGGGGGAUCGCCUCUGGCAUGAAGUACCUGUCGGACAUGGGCUACGUGCACCGGGACCUGGCAGCGCGGAACAUCCUGGUCAACAGCAACCUCAUGUGCAAAGUCUCUGAUUUUGGCUUGUCACGCGUGCUGGAGGAUGACCCCGAAGCUGCCUACACCACAAGUGGUGGGAAGAUCCCCAUCAGGUGGACUGCUCCCGAAGCCAUCGCUUACCGCAAGUUCUCCUCCGCCAGCGACGCAUGGAGCUACGGAAUUGUCAUGUGGGAGGUGAUGUCCUACGGAGAGAGGCCCUACUGGGAGAUGUCCAACCAGGAUGUUAUACUGUCUAUUGAAGAGGGCUACAGGCUUCCAGCUCCCAUGGGCUGCCCAGCUUCUCUUCACCAGCUCAUGCUUCACUGCUGGCAGAAGGAGAGGAACCACCGUCCCAAAUUCAGUGACAUUGUCAACUUCCUGGACAAGCUGAUCCGCAACCCCAGCACCCUUCAUACCCUGGUGGAGGAUGCACUUGUAAUGCCAGAUUCACCUGGUGAAGUUCCAGAAUAUCCUUUGUUUGUUUCAGUCAGUGACUGGCUGGAUUCCAUAAAAAUGGGUCAGUAUAAAAAUAACUUCAUGGCAGCAGGUUUCACAACUUUGGAUAUGGUUUCAAGAAUGACUAUUGAUGACAUUAGAAGAAUUGGAGUUGCACUCAUUGGACACCAGAGACGAAUAGUCAGCAGUUUACAGACUUUGCGGUUACACAUGAUGCACAUACAGGAGAAAGGAUUUCAUGUAUGAAAGUAAUAGAAGCAACUGUGUUUUGUGCCUCAGCAUUUCUAAAAUGGAAAAAUAUUCUCAUCCUUCCCUCCUGCUCUUCCCAACUUCAAGAACUGCAGUCUCCAGUUCAGACUACACAAAUACUUCUAUGUUAAUGCUUCCAAACCAGAAUUUUUAAUCACACUGCACAGCUCCUCCACCAGUUCUCUGCCGAUAAAAUCCUGGCCUACUGCAAGACUCUUGCUACACAUUGAUGAAUAACUCAGCAUGGAUGUGUAACUUUGUAUAACAGUAUUUGGGAAACUUUCAUGGACUUACUUGAAAGUAGUAAUCUAUUUGGCCUGGUGUGGCUUCUUUAUCGAUGUAUUUAGAAUUUGCUGGUAGAUCAAAAAGUAUUUGACUUCUUUCAUGUUCUGUGACCAUGUAACUUCCAACACCAAAUGUGCAAUCAAAAAGAAGUUCAAAAUAUUUAUUUUAUUUCUUAAUUAAAUGCAAAUAUAUGUGUCCUAUCAUUAUAUUACUUUCUAAUAGUUUGAAUGCUGGUAAGCUGGUGCCUCAAAACAUUAGUAUUGUUUGCAGAAAUGACUGAUGAUUUUAUGUAGCGAGUUUUCAUUGUGUGAAUAAUUGGAAGCAUAGUGAGAAUAAUCUGAAAUCUUGAGGAAGGUUCUUAAUUUUCAAUUACUUAGCACUCGACACUUUUUAUGCUUUAAAUUUUAGAUUAGGAUGUAAAACUUUUAUCCUUGGGAUUCCUCAACACCCUACAACCCUUUUUGUUUUGUGGUUUUUUUAAAUGUAAUAUUCAGCUUUUGCUUCUACUACAGGAAAACUGGUUGUAGCGUUGCCAUGACCACAUGUAAAACACAGUUAUCAGCUCUGUUGUGGGCACACAGAUUUCAGCAAAGCUUUUUUCCAAACACCCCAGGUCUCUGCUGUUGGAUAGGGAAUCACAUCCAGCAGCAGCAGCAGAGCUCAGAGGGCCAGCCGUGGGUGGGCUGAUGGGAUCAUUCCCGUGGGAGCAGGCUGGCCGUAUCCUCCUCCAGCCGAGGGCAGCGGUACGGCCCCGCUGCUGCUGGAAGUUGCAGGCUGCAGGAUGCAGUGACCUUACACACAGGCAGAAAAGGAGAUGCAGGACAGCAGUGUGCUAACAUGUUGCCUUGAGUCUACUUCUAACUCUGCUGAAAUGGAGCUCUGGUCAUUCCAGGCCAGAUCUUCGUUUACAACAGCUCUCUAAAGGACAUCCGAGGUAUUACCUUUAGAACCCUUCAAUAGCCAUAUUUACAUGCAAGAAAACGUCAGCAAAGGCCUAACAUAAUAUUUGUACCUCUCUAAGACUUCCAGCUUCCAUGUUUCAUUCAGACAACUGACACAGACGUGCUGGGCUACGUUUCCAAGCUUUUGCAUGGGAUAUGCACUCCUGGGAGCAGGGGCAGGACCGCAGAUCUACAAUGCAUGUCACAUGUGACCCUGUGUAGACGCUUCUCUUCACCCCUGUGUCGUUUGGAGGGAAUUUUUGAGUUCCAUGGCAUUCCAAUAUACUCAAGCAUUACAGCUCUUCUGUUCAAACGUGCAUUUGGGUAAUUAGUAUAAUCUGUGUGUAUAUCAAAAGGAACUAACUACUUUGUGUAAUCAUAAUGCUAUUUAUUGCUUCAUUUACAGCUUGUAAAUCACAAGGUAUUCCCUAAGUCUUGGGAAAGGCUGUCAUUGUAUAUUAGUGACAAAGAAUGAAAAUCAGAAAGCAACUCAGAAAGAUUAUGCUUCCAACGAGAUCACAGAGUAAGACACGAGGCCUGAUUCACUGUUGUCAAUUUAUGUUGGAAUAACUGCAUUCAUUUAGGUGAGAUAACAGUAAUGCACUAAGUAAAUUUUUCCUUCUUUCAUUAAGAAAAAGAGGCAGAUGUAACUGAGGAGCAAGUUUUCUAAAGAUCAGGAGUCACUGAUGUUCUACAAUGCCAAUUUGAUGACCUUAUUUGAAGAAGGGCAGCUUCAGUCCUAUUGUAGCUCCAAAUGUAAUUUUGUCAGCAGAAGUAUUCCCACUGAACUCAUCAGUCUGGCACAAGGAUGUGAGUUUUGCAGGAUCACAGCCUUUCAGUGGGGAAAAACACAUUUGUUCUUUUCUUUGACUGUCACUUGAAAAAUUCUGCCUGAAUUCCACAUCUGGAUAAUUUUUUGGUAGAGGUGCUCUCACAGAAAGAAAACCAUACUUACCUGAAGCCUUUCUAAAAAUACUAACACACCACAGAGUAAUUUGAAAGUGGAUUUUGCUUCAUCAUUUUAUUAUCCAUUUUGCCUAUCAUUGCUUCAAUGGCCAACAACAGGACAUCUGUGGAAUGAGCCCUUCUCACAAUUAAAUCCAUUACUGAGGAGGUAUGAGUCUAUUAUUUGUUAAUGGGGUUUAAAUCAUUCAUAGCUGACCCAAACCAUGUAUGUGCAUUUGCAGAUUGUCUUUUGCCAAUCUUUUUUUUGUUCCUGGUAGUAAGGAUGCAGAAUUCACGUUGUUACAUGCACACAACCUGGAUAUAUUUCAUGGAAAUUAAUUUCUAAAUUUAUCGCACUACUGAAAAUAUUUUUUCAAUAGAAAAAAAUAUAACAAAAGUAAAAACAUUUAUUAAUCAGAUAUAUUUUUUAUAUAAACAAGAGUUUGGGUAACCAGAGAGGAAAGAACAAGGGAUUCUUUGAGUGAGCACAUUUGUUAAUAACACUGUAAAUCCAGGAUUUUGUGGAUUUAUACAGCUUGUUUUUCUGUUGUUGUUGUGGUGCAGUAUGUCACUUUUCUAAUAGUUAUCUUGAUGAAAUUUACAUUUUCAUAAUUUUUGGAAAUACUUUAUUUGUUCUUGUGCGGAUUCCCAGUCUAUUCUUGCUUUAGUUUGGGGAUUUUUUCAUAUUUUUUAAUUUAAAAACAAAACAAUAAACAACCCUAACAGGUGUUAUUUUUCAAACGUGCGCUUAAUUCUGUACAGGCCACAAAUGUAUAUGUGAAAUUAGAGUAACUUUCUUUGUUACAGGAAAUCCUUUCUUCAGGAGAAAAUUAGCUCUAAUUAUCCUGCAUAUUGCAGUGUGCAACUGGAGUUUAAAUUUGACAAAUUUAAGCAAAUUUAAUAUGCUGUUUUUGAGAACUGGCCCACAUUACAGAGCUUUAUGACUAAAAGUACCCAUUGAAAGUUCACAAAAUAAAGUGUGUGCGAUAUGCAAGCAACAAAAAAAAGAUACUAUAAUGUGGAUGUCGUAAAGAAAUAAUUCCUACCUGUUUCUCUGCAUUCAGUGACAGCUGAUUGAGGCAUCUGUGCUUGGUCAGAUGAGUCUCAUGCCUUAAUUGUAUCCAGUCAUUUUGCUGAACCUGUGAAACAGAAAGGGUCUUGUUCAUGGUGUUAAAAAUGAACAAGGCACAGCAGAGGGUUUAGAAUUUACUCCUGAGGUGUUUGCACAUUGGAAUUACUGAGAAACAACAGGAUGCCAUGAGGUGAAAGAAAGAGAAUUGAGCCACGUCAUUUAAACUUCUUGAACAAAAUUUACCCUUUUUGUUUCCUGUGACCUGAAGUCCAGUGUCUGUCCAAUAAAAGCUUAGAAACAUGCCAUGCUUCAGGACAUCAGACAGCAUAAAGCAAUCCUUUAUUUGCAAAUAGUGCACUCAACAAUAAAUUCAAAUUAAUUAGUUGUUCUGGCCAAACAUUCUGUGCCCAGCAUUGUAUUAGGUAUUACUUGGAUUAUUCUGACACAGAACUCAUAGACUGCAGUACUUGGAUUUUUACAUCACUUAAUACUGACCAUUCAUUUGCUAUUUUUCUAUGAUGAGCCUAACACACGGCUUCAUUAAUUUUCUUUUUUCAAUGCAGAUUCCUACAGGAUCCAAAGCUGGGUCAUAAGUAACAAAGAGACCCCCUUUAUCCAGAAUGAGCUGAGAUUUACCAUGAGGAAUAGCUGGGACUGUGGAGGUGCCUAGUGAGACUGCAUUACCCACAGCAAUUUCCAUGUCAGAAUGACCCCAUGGGACCACAUCAGCCACCAAGGUAAAGCAGCACAGAACAUUCUUGACCUUGUGUUGAAGAGCAGUUCCUCAUUUCCAGCUGGCCCUGUUGUAAACUGCAGCAUUUAUUGAACUGUUUUACCUCAGCUGAUGGAAUGGUUCUAUGGGACACAUUCUGGCAGCUCAGAAUUCUCUUACAAACACAGGGUAUCUGUAACUACCCUGCCAUGGGCUCACUCUGUCUUGGAAUAUUCCUUCAGAGAGUGGAAAGCAGGACUUGCCUCUAAUCCAGUUGUUUAGAUAAUCAUAAUAAAAAGUCUGUCUUCCAUUGCAUCUUCCAGGAAAAGUACUAAAAGUAGAGAAACUAGUGGCAUUUGCAUAUGGUUGAAGAACUCUGUAUUCUGUUAAACAGUUUUCUUCUAGAAUACCCUUAUCCAUGAAUUGUAAUGAAUCUUUCCUGAAUAAAUGGCAAAGAUAAUUCCUUUUUUAUAAUAGUACUAUAAUUAUUUUUGAGGUGAGGGAAAGAUAUGCUGGGCUGGGCUAACUCUUAGUAGGACAUGACCUUGAAAUCUCCUGAGGAGACAAAUGAAUCAGCUCUGAAAAGGGAAAAAAAAAAAAAAACCCACCCUAAAACCUACAAUAAGGUAAAAAGGGAAGAACUGUCCAUACUGUGCCAAGGAGACCUAAUAAAAACCCAGAAGUUGCAAAAGACAGUGCCAGGUACCUACAGCUGACAAAAUGUUCUACCAUCACAUCCUAUACUUAGUAGUGCACACUGCUCAUCCAUGAGUGUUGUAUAUAAUUCCUCAGAUUAUGGACCAGGAUAUGGUGAACAUGUGGUUAUAAAAUAUUUGUCUAUAUGUACAUAAAGAAUUUUAAAUAGAAUGUAUAUCAUAAUAUCACAUUUUUUAAACCUACAGAAUUCAUUACCUAUUACAAACAACACUAAUGGAGUUUAUUUGCUCCAUUGGCUUUUAAAAUUUUUAGUGGCAUGCACUGUGUCUGUAUAGCUCUUCCCAAAAUUCCUUGGAUUGUUAGCUGGAAAUGAACAGCCUCUCUUUUUUCCGCCCCUGGUAGAAAAAACAUUUUCAAACUGCCUGCUCACCCUUCUGCUGCCACCUCACCCAACUCCUUCCAUUCAGCUAAUUACUGUAGAAAUUAGUGAUCCCAAAGGGGAAGCAAGGUGCUCAUGAGACAGCAGAACUAGGAAGAUAAAGAGUUUUUAGUUCCUCUUCUAAAAUCACCAAAGAUGUUUACAGAGCAUAUAGAUUAUUUUCUUUUUAAAUGGCCAUUUAUAGACACCUAGGAGGUUAAAAUGAGGGAAGUUUUCAAGAGAAUAUGAGUAAGGAUAUGCCAACAUACAGAAUAAAAAGAUAUGCUGAAUUUUAGAAGGGAAAACCAACAGCAAUGAUUGAUGAAAUACCUAAGGGUAAAAAAUGGAUUAAAGUAUAUUUCCAUAUUUUAUAUGUGAAAUAAUGUAACACCAGUUCAGUGAAAUCUAUUUGUGUGUACAUUUCUUUAAAUAUUCUGUAUGAGUAUAUCUUACUUUCUUUUCCUGCAAGAGAUUUCCCAAGUACCUAUCUCUUCCAGAAAGGUUUAGCAUAUUAUCUGAUAUUUUCAUACCAGAAUAAUUAAGCUGGAAUAAAAAAUGCAAAUUUUGAUAGUGUAGCUAUGGGGGAACAAUACUAUUUAAAAGAUCAGUCUCAAAGUAAUUUAAAGUUUUCACAUCUGUUCUACUUUGUUCCCGUCCAAAAAUUUUACCUGUAUCUAUUUGAGAACUUUGGCUAGUUCUGCACCCAUCUCAGUGCCACCUCAGAAACUCCUGAAUCUGUAAACAUUUCUGAGUUUGUGCAGCUUAAUUAAUAUAAAAAGGUUGAUUUGAAAUGGGACUUUAUACCAGACUAGAGUUAGGCAUAAUCAAAAAUCAAAAUCCCUAUAAAAUAUCUGUAAGACAGCAUAACAUAUUUUUCCCUGUUAUACUAACACUUCUCAUUUCUGACAAUUCAAUGAAGAACUGUUUAGCAGCAGCAUAUAUAUUGAGUGGUUGGUAAGCCAAAACUCUGAGACUGAAAACCCACAAAUCAAAGAGAAAUCCAGAUCUCUGCAUUCUGAACUAUGGAAUGUCAAGGGACUCCGGAGAAAGUAACCUUGAAUCAGAAUCUGGAAAAUCAGGUUUGGGAGAAAUCUGCUUUGGAACCCAAAUAUUCAUUUCUGGUUGUGGAGGAUGAAAAAGUGCCCAAAAAACAGUCUGGGGACUUUUUUCAUAGUAUCAUCACCACAUAAUGCUCUGAGUGAUAAGAAGAAAAUAAAAUACAUUUUCUGAGCUUUCAGGAUCCAGCCCAGGACAAAAGAACAAGUACAGUUGUCAUAAUUUAUAUUGGAAAGUCCAGCAGACAUAAUUCUGAAUGAUUAAUUGUUCUUACAGCUACAAACUGACUUUCUUGAGAGGAACCUAAAUAAAUAAUAAAAUGUAGAAGUCUCCAGUUAAUAUUAGCUUAGAAACGAAGUUUUUAGUUUUCUCUUAUUCAGACUGGUCUUUAACUGAAAAUUAUUAAGAUGAAAAAGGAAAAGUAUAAUAGGAUUUCUUUUUUCCUUGAGAAGCUGAGUGCUCUGAGCUGUAUGACUACCAUCACAGUCUCCUUGUGUAAAAUAGGAUUAGCUGAAAAAGACAAAAUGCAGCCAAUGUUCCAGAUCUGUAGAUUAUUUUAGUCAUUAAUUGUCAAUUUGGGAAGUUCCAUUUUUGUCUUGGGCAAGUUCUGCUCUAUACCACCUGCUAUUUCCAAAUCCUGCUGAAUGAUUUGAAUGAACAUCUUGAUGGAGUAAUUCCUAGGACCUGGUCCCUCAGGGCAUGAUCCAAAAUCAGUUGUAUCCACAAGAAGAGGUCAAGUGAGUGGAACAGGUUUUGAAUCAAAGGUUUCUACAGAUUUUCCUGGAACAGAUGGCCUCAUUUAAUGAGGAGAAGAGAGUGCACUGAGCCUAAAAGACAAGGCUGCUACCUCAGGAAUGUCAUCAAGCAGGCUGUGGUUACCUUCAGCAUAGAAAAGGUAAAAUGCAAGGUAAAGAAUUUGGGUGCUGCAGUGUUUCUUGUUUUCUCUGGAAUGGGCAGUCAGCUCUGACUUUGGAAUUAGUAACCUAAAUGACCUACAUAUUAAUAGGGUAUUUAGCAGAAAUGGUCUGGGUUUGUGGGAUUUUUUUCCCCAGAUAAUUUCCCAAAUUUCUGGAUUUAAAUUCAGGAUGAAACUACCAUCCCCAGCAAACAAAAAAAAUCUACAAAACAAACAGGUUUUAUCGUUCUUCUUUCCUAAACAUAAAUCAGGAUACAAUAUGAUCUCUCUCUCAUAAUACAAGUUCUGGCUAAUGAUUUGCCUCUUUGAACAAGCUGCUUCAUACUCCUGGUGCACUGCAGUCUAAGUUUUCAGCAAAUAAAAUAACAAAUGCCCUCUUAGUGGUUCCAUUUAUUGGAUUCUUUCACUAAUUUCCUAUCUGAAGAAAACCAUCCCACUCCAAGGUUCCUAAUAAGGAAACUUGUAAGCAUUUUACAGCUUAAUGGCCAGGAUUCUCUAUCCGCCUCUCCCAAGAAACAGUGAGCUUUGAAUUGGCAAUGUAGCAUUUUUGCUACCAUUUCUUCUGCAGCAAUUUCUGCUCCCAACUCUUCUAAGUAAGGUUGAGAGGUCUGUUUCACACAGAAAGUGGGAAAAGCAGUUUGUUUGUUUGUUUGUUUGUUUGUUUGUUUGUUAAGUCUGGUGACGGGAUUCAGUGUUUGUUGCUCUUACCUGGAGCCUUCCAUCUGCUUCUGUUGAGGCCAAUAUCAACAUUCUCUGGUUGUAUCAGUUACAUGACACACAGCACUGCCGUGACUGAAAACCCAGAGACACAAAAAGGGCUCAUUCUUCUCUGGUGUGGCAUAAAUCCUACUGACUUCGGGAACUUCUCUGCACUUCUCAGGAUUGCGCCUGCAGUUUAGCAAGAAAAAAGAAUCCUUAAAAAAGAUCAUGUGAAACCCUGUUUACUGAAAGGCAAUAGCUUAUUUUCUAGCAAAGCAACAUUCACUGAUCUAGUUGGAAUUAACAGUUUUAAUUUUGUCAUCACUUUUUUUAAAAAAACAAACCACUUUGACUUUCAGAAAAAAAAAUACAAAAAUAAUAUUUUACUACCUUCCAAACAUUAGCUUUGAUUUACUUUUGGAAGAUAACGUGGUUGGUAUGUUUUCUCAGGAUAGCCUCUAUCUAUUUCUGUGUGUUGGUUUUAAAUGUAUCUGAAUUAAAAGGGGUUUUAAUCUCUGUCUCUUCUGUGAAAUUAGAUUGUACAAAACUAAAUAUGACUGCUCUUCAUAGUUUGCUGUUCUAGCAUAGCCAUAAAAUGUAUCAAUGUAUGUGUAUAUAUGAAUAAAUAUUUGAUGACAGACACUUUAGAUUAUAUAUUUAAGCAGCCAUGUCAAAACUUCAGAGGUAGAUGGCUUCAAAAGCAAUGGUAUAAUCAUAAUACUCACAAUAUAUUUUGCAAAAUCAAACCAUGGCCUCAGCACAGAUCUCAUAUCCUUACGAGUAGUCUGAAACCCACCUUUUCUUUAAAGACCCUUGCUAAGAUUUGUUUUGCCAUUGCUUCUUUGACCAAGCUAUGUUUGAAUAAUGACAACUACCUGUAGCUCAGUCCCCUCCCAGAGAGCUGCCCUGGUGCUGCAGUGCCAGAGGCUCUGGUUCCACCUCCAUCACUCUGAGCUCCUGUGGCACUGGAAAUGGAAUGAGCUCCUGUGGCUCCUUCUGGGAGACUGAACAUUGCUCAGCCAGUGUCAGUGCUUCCCCCUGGGACUGCCUCACUCCUCAAAAUUAGUUUUCUUCACCUAAUGUAUCUCCCAUACACGUCCCACUGCAUUUUCUUUUUGCCUGUUUUUAACAGUACUGUAGGAAUAUCCAUGGAAUGAAAAGCUUACCUAACUGAUUUGCAGUCCCAAGGGGAAUUUACAUGAGACGUGAAGUUGUUAUUAUUUACUGAAAAGUGGUGUUACCUUAUUUUCUUUAUUAUUAUGAUCCUAUUCCUAUGAUACUAUGAUGUUUCAUGUAAAUUUUCAUGUGCUGGCAUGCCUACAAGUUAAUAGUGUAAUAGAAUGCUCAGCUCUCAACAUUAGAGUGUUUUUAAGGUGAAUUGCAUCACAUAUGCCAUCUCUUUGCAGAAAGAAUAUGGGGUUUGGCAAAACUACCUGCUGAGCAACAUAAUGAGAUUUUUGUACAAAGUACAAGUUAUUGAUUAUUAUUGUAUUUUAUUUUUCUAUGAUUUCCUAAGAGGCAUUAUCAGGUCUUACAGAUGGGGUAAGCCUGUUUAUUAAGAUAUUUAUUAGCAAAUAAAAGUUACAGUACUGGUGGUUA